UUAACAAGGCUUAAACCAGACUUACCAAUACUCCACCCAGCUCCAUAAUAACAUGACGACCGAGGCACUUUUGCGACUCCAUUCCUCCCAGAAUUUUUUUUCUCCCUCUCUUCGGAGGUUCCAUGGUGACCUAGCAUGAAGCCUCACACACACCACACAAUCGCCUCACGAUGACCAUGCUAGACAGAUCGCAAAAGGCAGCGAUGGACCCAAACGAGCCGCCCCCCCAUGACGACAAUAUCUGCAGACGUCGUGAAAGCAGCGACGACACGCACGUUGAGGAUGUCGCGGAAUUCGACGGCACAUUCGCCCCAAUUGCAAGGCCGAAAGAGAAGCGUCUGUUGCCAUGGUACCGAGAUCGUGAAUAUCUCAUAGGAGGCUGGGUAGACCGAGCUACCUGGAAAGCUGCAGUUGUAGAAUCAAUGGGUACGGCGGGUUACGUCUUCAUUUCUGGGCAAGUCGCUGCCACACUGCACAGUUACGACACACUUCAGGUUGGCGCCUACAUUGGCAUAUCCAACAUCUUCCUGCUUUCAACCUUCAUAUACGCCACGGCCGCAAUAACAGGCGGGCAUCUCAAUCCGUUGGUUACUUUUUCUGCUAUCUUUGCAGGCAUCUGCCCAUUUUCAAGAGGAAUCCUCUAUCUGUGUGGUCAAACACUGGGCGGGGCAUUAGGGGGCGGUGUUCUGGCGGGAGUUUGGGGCCAUGCGCGGUCUAAGCAGCUUCAUGGAGGUAGCUGCUUCUACGAUCCGGCCGAGAUGUCUACCGGGCAGGUCUUUCUCAACGAGAUCUUCGCCUCCUUCGUGCUGCUAUUCCUGGUUUAUGGAGUCGGUCUUGACCCUCGGCAGACCGCUGUAGUGGGUGCUCGCCUAGGACCGCUGCUGGUGGGCGUGUCGCUCGGUCUCUUGACCUUUGCUACCAGCGGCGUCGCACCGGGAUAUUCAGGGGCCGGGAUGAACCCUGCGAGGUGCUUCGCCUUCGGCAUUGCAGACAGAGACUUGUCAACGCAAUGGAUUUGGUGGUUUGGGCCGGCAAUUGGGGCGCUGCUGCUCGCAUUUUCGUAUAACAUGGUCCCUCCACAUCCAAGUCCGGGGGACGAGGAAGGAGAGAAGGACUCACAUUCGAACGCCACUCUCCAUAGGCAUGCGACAGCUUCACACGUUUAAACGAGUCUGUCAACCCAUGGAGCUCCCCACGAUCUUGAUUGAUUGUAGGCAAUCAUUGAUGGGUGGGGGGAAUGGGAGGAAUGAAACCUACCGUCGUCAAAAUAAAAGCAUCUGUUGAUAGAAAUUUAUAACUGAAAUUGACAUGAAGGACUAGCCGGU